ACAUGGAUGACAUACUUCAUCACAAUUUUCAAGUAUGCUAGGAAAUAUCUAGACCACGACCCAGUUGAGACGUUUUACUAUUGUUACUUCUUAUGGAAUGGAAACACGAUUAAGUACACAAUACAUAAACAACAAAUAUUUGUGUAGAUAUCUUUAAAAUAGUACAAAACACGAGCGUAGUUGUACGUGUUACCUAGUGGAGAAAAGAUUCAUGAGGAUGAAUCAUCCAGUUGUUAAAGGCACUACAUUGAAUUGUGAGUACGUGAAACACCUGGAUGAGUUCAGCAAUUUCCCAGUGAGAGACGAAGAUGUGUGGAUCUGUGGAAGUCCAAAAUCAGGGACAACAUGGACUCAAGAAAUGGUAUGGAUGAUAAUGCACAACCUUGAUUUCGAAGGAGCCAAGGAGGAUAUUCAUAUCAGAGUACCAUUUGCUGAGUUAUCAUGGGCUGCGCCACACGAUGAAAACUCACCACACCAUGCUCGCGAUACCUUGGGCUUCAUCAAAAAGGAAUACGAAAAAGGUCCAGUAUGUCUGAAAACACAUUUACCCUGGCAGCUUCUACCGAGGGAUAUACAAGAAGGUUUGAAAAAACCAAAGAUAAUAUAUGUUAUGAGAAAUGCCAAAGAUCAGAUAGUUUCUAUGUAUCAUUGGAAUAAGAUGCUAUAUGGAUACAACGAACCCUUAGAAAAAUUCUUUGAAGGAUACCUUAAAAAUGAAUGUAAGUAAAACACCAGCUUAAAAUUACACAUUGGUUGAGGAGUUGACAGAGGACUUGCGAACCACGUUGUGAAUAUGUGUCAAUCCGUAAGCAGUGAGUUUACAAUAUCUUUAACAUGUAUUGCCAAAAGGAUGAGAAGCCAAACCUUGUUGAAAAACAAGCUUCCAUUUCAGUCAGUAGACGUAACUACAUACGAGGGAUGUCUUUUAAGUUUCGCAUAUGGAAAUAAAACAACACGGUAGGUUGUUUUAAAUGACUUUAUUGAUUUUCAAAGUAUUUUCCACGAAGGUUAAUACACAUCUGCAUGCGCUCGAACAAAUUUUCGAAGCACUUAUUCCACUCGAUUGCUGGCAGAUCCAAAACGGCAUUUUUGAAUGCGACAACUGCUUCUUCUGGUGACUGGAACCUUUGACCACGUAGUCUGUUUUCAAUUUUCGGGAAAGUAAAGAAAUCGUUAGGACUUAGAUCGGGACUA